CUUCACAAAGUCACAUGCUGUCAAAGAUGAACCCUGUGAGCAGAGGCAGGUCCACUGCUUCAUCAGGUGCGCAGCUUCUUCAUAAGUGGUCUUUUGUGGAGUCCAGUAUCAGCAGGAUCCUUUAAAUCACGGAGUGAAACGCAGUCGGAACGCAUGGAUCCUGUCGAGGCGUCCUCCCAUUCAGACACAGUGCGACAGUGAAGGUACUUUCAGGACGCUUCAGUCGCCUGCUGCACACACUUUACUGCGCAGGACUUCGUUCUGGCUGCAGAAAACUCCAGCUCUCCACAAAGAACACACAAACCUCGGCCUCCAUCAUGUCGCUGCUCACUCACCUGCUGGCCUGUCUCCUGGGGAUGGGCUCCUGGGUCUCCAUCAACGGCCUGUGGGUGGAGCUGCCCCUGGUGGUGCCCCAGGUCCCGGAGGGCUGGUACCUGCCCUCCUACCUCUCCGUCCUCAUCCAGACGGCCAACGUGGGGCCUCUGGUCGUCACGCUCGUGCACCGCUUCCGGCCCGGCGCCCUGAACGAGGCGGCGGUUAUAUACGUGAUCAUCAGCGUGGGCACCGUGGCCAGCUUCCUGCUGGGUUUCCUCUGGAAGGAGACUGUUGUGGUGGCCGGUGCUCCUCGCAGCCUGGCGCUCCUCGCCUUGACCUUCUUCCUCGCCGCCGUGGACUGCACCUCCUCCGUCACCUUCCUGCCCUUCAUGAUGCGCCUGAAGCCGCACUUUCUCACCACCUACUACAUUGGGGAGGGCGUGAGCGGCCUUCUGCCCGCCCUGGUGGCUUUGAUGCAGGGCGUCGGGGUGGUCCGCUGCAUUAAUGCCACGCAGCCUAAAGACGGCCUCUCCAACAGCUCCGUGACCUUUGACCUCCAGGCCCAGUAUCAGCCUGCGCACUUCUCGGCUGAGGCGUUCUUCUUCUUCCUGAGUGCCAUGAUGCUGGUGUGCCUGGUAGCGUUCGUGCUGCUCAACCACCACCCGGCCGUGGCCAGGCAGCACCCCAGCAGCGGACGCACCACCGGGGCCGAGCAGAAACCGCACAAGGACAGGAAGUGCGUGGAGCAGAGGCCCAUGAUGAGUCCAUGCGGCCCCGACGGCCAGAAACGCAGGAGCGGCUUCGGCUCCGGUGUUUACGGCUGUUUGGAGGUGGUGUUCAUCUUUGGGGUUCUAGCCUGGGUGAACGCGCUGACCAACACGGUGCUGCCCUCGGUGCAGUCCUACUCCUGCAUGCCCUACGGCAACAGAGCGUAUCACCUGUCGGCCUCGCUGGCGGCCGUGUCCAACCCGCUGGCCUGCUUCGUCGCCCUGUUCCUGCCUCUGAGGUCCCUGCUGCUGAUGGGAGCCCUCACCGUGCUGGGCAGUGCGGUGGGAGCCUACAUAAUGGCCAUGGCAGCGUUCAGCCCAUGUCCGUUGCUGGUUCAUGUCUCGUCGGGCAGCGUCCUCAUUGUGCUGGCCUGGGUCGUCUGUGUUCUCACUCUGUCCUACGUGAAGGUGAUGAUCGGCGUGAUCCUGCGUGACGAGGGCCACAGCGCCCUCGUGUGGUGUGGAGCGGUGGUGCAGCUGGGCUCCCUGCUGGGAGCCGUGACCAUGUUCCCUCUGGUGAGCGUGUACGGCUUCUUCUCAUCAGGAGACCCGUGCAGCACAACGUGUCCCUGAAGAGACGACUGAGGAGAAACUGAUCGACUGAGGAAAAUCUAUUUAUUGUUUAUUUACUUGGCAACAAUUGAAAAGUGAACCACAAAACACAGAUGUGAUACAAUAAUACCUGUAAUACAGUAAUAACAAGUAUUUGAUAAUUGGAAUCAAAAAUAAUUUUUCAAUAAAAGAAGAUGACGUUUUAGAUGCACAUUCAUCAUUAAACUUAUCGUAGUUUUUUCCCCUUU